AUGAAUCGGAAUCGUCCUGCUGAUCCGCCGCCUCUUCGUCCUCCUCCUCCUCAUCUUCCGGUAGGGGUGAGAUUCGAUCCGACCGGCAUCGAGAUGCUGCAUUACUUCCUCCGGCCCAAGGUGCACUGCCUGCCCAUCAACGAAGAGAGGAUAACGGAUCUGAACAUCUACCUCUUCCACCCCGACCAUCUCCCCAGUAAAGCAUCCACACCAUCAUCUCUUCUUCUUCUUCCUCCGCCUCCUCUCUUUCUAGGCGGUAUAAGUGGUCCUGCAUCUGUUCUUGAAUCGAAGCUGCCCGUUAACUUGGAGGGUCCGGACAGGCGGUACGCGUACUUCUUCGUGCGAAGGGAGCCGAGCGAGCAUAGGCAGAGGCGCCGACGCACGCCGCAUGGCUACUGGAACCAAGUGGGCUUAGAGGAGGCAGUCCGAGACGAGUCAUCGAACGUGAUCCUGGGAUUCAAGAGGAACUUUGUGUUCUUCGAGGGAACCAAAAAGACCCUUUGGGAGAUGGAUGAAUACCGCCUCAACCUGGAGAUACAGGGGAUGAGGAAUACCUUUGACCACAGGAGGAACAACUACGUCAUCUGUAAAGUGUCAACGGAGACUUCAGAGUCUUCUGGUGAUUUGUCAUUCGCUUCUGCAGAGGCUCAGUUAAUCGGCAGCGACGAAUCGGACAGCACCUUGGCGGGCAACAAAAGGAGACGCAACUGA